AAUCAUCUCCAUGCCUUAGGUCUAGAGGUGAACAUCCCUGCACCGCCUCACAAUGUGUUCACUGUUUCUCGUCACAUGGCUAAGGAGAAAAACACAUUUAGGGAAGAUGUAAUAUCCACCCAAGAGGCCGGACCAUCAGGGAGUGAGCCGCACCCUGUACACGGGGCCAGGCGGGCUACAGAGAGAGUCAAGAUUUCCAAGUGUGACAUUUCUGCAGAUAAACACUAUCAACAGAGGUCACACCUUCCUAUAUCCUCGCAGUCGGCAGCAAUGAAUGUAGCUGUUAAACUGAGUACAGGCCAACAGUCAGUCUCUCCUUUGGGUAAGACACAAGUUAACAGCUCUCAUUAAAUAAAGUUAAGAACAACAAAAGAAACUUGAGUUAAGUCUCCACGUUAGAAGAAGCGAACUGCUCGAUGGUAGGAUGUUUUGUUUUGGUCUGUUGAACGUGACUGCUCAACUGUUGGCUGCAACUUUGUGAUGCAUUAACAAUAACAUUUAAUAAGAUAUCCCAGUGUAUGUUGAGUCUUGUCGUUUGGAUGAACGGUGGUGUUGUCGGCCGUCACCACAGUGAGAUGCUCCCCCACGUUCUCAAAUUAAAUCAUCGCUGAAAAAAUCACUUAGUAUAAAGUCUGUUUAAUAUAAGUGUGGGAGAUGAUUUUAUAGUAGCUUUAUACUAUGGCUUGGUGAUGUUUACUAUAGUACGUACUGUAAACACAAGUGAUAUAAUACAUCACUUUUACAUACUGUACUGUAUAGUUAAAGUUGACAUUCUUUAUGCCAUUAGCACAGUUUGUUGAGUGGCAGCCCCUAGUGGCAACAAGGUUCAGGACACAGACACAGUUGGUGGUCCACUCAAUACAGGAUUGAAUCCAUGUUAUCCACUAAUUGAGUCAUGGAGCAUCAUGUACUGUACUGCAUGAGGUUAUGACUGUAUGAUGUACUGUACUGCAUGAGGUUUUGACUAUAUGAUGUACUGUACUGUAUAGUGAGGCCCUGGCUCAUGUGUGUGUGUGUUCUUUACAGCUGAUUGUAUCUCAGACUAACUAAGUGCAUUUUGCCAACACAACUAACCACAGUA